AGAAAAGGAGUCGAAUAAUUCAGUGGCAUCUCGUAAUUGAAAGGAAAAGUAAAGCGUGGAGAUGAAGCUAAAAAGCCAGCAUAAAUGAUGAAUGGAUGAAAAUGAAAUUACAUGUUGAAAUUUCUUCUGUGUUUUUGUUUGUCUUCGAACACCGCAACAUGAAGUGCAUAUCUUGCGAGGGCAAAUACGACGGAGAUGCCGGCGCCUGCAGGCAGUGCUACGAGGACCUCAAGGCUAAGGUCGCUUUUCUCGCGAUGUCCAAUCGGUAUCCCUUAACCUUCUGCACCGACGUCGUUCUGUUAGCCUCGGACAACGGCCAUCCCGAGGGCCCUGCAGGAGGUAUGGCCCAUGAGGCCGUUUUGGCAAGUCGUUCUCCGGUGUUCAAAGCCCUCCUUCAUAACGAGACAAAAGAAAUCCAUAUCAACGAAUUGUGGCCCCAAGAACUUGGUGCCUUUAUCAACUACCUCUACACGGCCGAGAUAUGCCUUGACCAGGAUUUGGCCCGUAAACUCCUUGUAGUGGCUGAAAAGUACCAGGUGCAUCAUCUCAAAGACUUGUGCCAGAAGUUCUUGGUGUCCAACCUCAACCGGGACAAUUCACUUGCGACCUACACCUUCGGCCACCAUCAUAAUGACAAGCAGAUCAUCGACGCAGCCUUGAUGUUGAUCACAAACAACAUCGAAAAGCUUGCUUCAAGCGAUGAGUAUGCGGAGCUAAAGAGAAGUCAUCCGCAACUUGUAAUCGAAAUAUAUGAACAUAUUGUUGCAUCCUCUACUGCUCCUUCGGUACAAGCUUUGCUUUUAGAGGAGUUACUUUGAUUGGAUAUUUCGAAGAGGGUAGGUUCUUGUUACUUUUGGGUGUUGUUGGCUAGUUGCUGCUGCCUGGGGGUUGUGGAUAAGGUUCUGAGCUUCAAUGCAUGCCAUCAAAAGUAAAAGAAUAUGCAUCUAGAAUCUACAUCAAACCAAAAGCAUCUGGCAAACUACUCUUUGUUUUUAUGGACGUUUCCAUCCGCUUCAUCCUUAGUAUUUUUUUUUUCUUUUUCUUUCUUCGACCUCUUUUGAGAGAUUUAAGCGUCGGAUAUUAUGUUUUAGGCCACGGUUUGCAUAAUAGACUAAUCCUUGGCCGGGUCUGGGCAUGGACCCGAGGGCGACGGCUCCCUAGACCAAAGGGGCCCAACGAAAUUUAUAUUCGCAUAUGUUAUCUAUA